AUGCAGACGAGGAACGCGGCUGUGCGCAUCUUUGGCGGGAGUCUUUGCCUUCAGGGGUCUUGCCGAUGGAGUUACCACCACUCUUCAAGGUUGUCGAGUGCAACAUCCCACGCAAACAGCAUGAACUUGUUGUCCACACAGCUGCACCCCUUCUCGUCCGUCGCCGACUCUUUUCUCUCAAGCGCAGGGAAGGGACUGUCUCACGAUGUGGCAGAAGUUUUUAUGGAACCCAUUGGAACAUCGCAUCCCGCUCCUGCGGGAGUCCGUUAUUGUGAUGGAAAUGACAGGAUGGAGCAGGAAGCGAGUGAAUUAUUCAAAGUGUUGAACACCUGCAUUGAUGCUCCCGCGGCGACGCUAUUCGAAAAACUUAUUGCAUCUACUGCAGGACUCUACAAGAAAUCGCCUCGUCGCUACUGGUCUCUGCACAGCCGAGCACUGACCAACUAUGGGGUUCAGUGCCUUGUUGAUCAAAAGCCCACUCAAGCCAUUGAACUGAUUCGACAGGCGGUUUCAAUUAUUGUAUCUUUUGAAGGGGAAACGGCUGUGUUGCACCUGCGAGUGAUCCUGGCAAAUGCCCUGGCGUGUGAGGGGAAAUGUUUUGAGGCACUGUGUGAGUAUGAGCAGGCGCUUGGGGUGAUGAGGGAUUACCCAGUGGAGCCUUCGUUAACUCAAGUGGUGUCGGGAAAGGAGUCCCGCAUCUUGCUUAGUCGCAGUUAUGUUUUAGAGGACUUUGAUCGUUUCCUGGCAAACGAGGAGUUGGUGCAGAGCGCACUGAACCAGGGGAAACAAGCAGCGGAUUUCUCCUCGGACAAGGCCGAGAAGGUGCACAUUAUGUGGAUAUUGGCUCGUAUUCAGCGUCGACUUGGGGAAAAAGAUGCAAGUCUGCUUCUGUACACCGCCUGUUUACGCGCGCUGCUUGACACACCGGAUGCUGAAAUGGAGAUGAAGGUGAUGCACGAUAUAGGUAUCUUGCUAUGCUUUGAGGCGUUUGAUGUUUCACAGGGAUUACCGUAUCUUCAGGCAGCGGCGGAGAUGUCCUUUGACACCGCACUGGAGAAGCUAGAAGAGAUGAAGCAGCAACCCUCGGCGAAGGCUCAGAAGGGAUUUCCCAAAGAGGCUAUGCUUCCCGUUCGCCGUGCCGCCUUCACUUUGCUUGACGCAGCAGUGUGUCUUGCAGAGAAUGAAGAGUUAGGAAAGGCCCUGGGAUUAUUUGAAGAGAGUAUCGCCUUGAUGAAUGAUUGUGGGAUGCAGAAACAUUCUGCCUGGGCAUGUUUGAAGUACGCGGAUGCUCUCACUCAUGCCUCACUAAUCGACAAGGCUAUCCGUGUGUACCUGGAGACCAUAGAGUCCAUCCGAUCCCGUGAAAACGACGAGGGAAAUGUGCAAGUGGCAUGUAUGGGUAUGGUGGUCCCAAUCACUGCGGCGGAGGUGGAGGGGCGUCUUGCAUAUUGCUUUCAGAUGCAUGUGGGGGAGUAUCGACGCGCCUGCAUCCACUUUUGCCGUGCAAUCCGGCGUUGUGGCGUGCAUGUGGAGUCGGCUUUUAGAGCUGUUGAAGAAAGUAACCCAGUUUCUUCAGAGGAGUUGGACUCAGAGACGCUCUGCUGGAUGCUGGAAAACUACGCUAGCUGCUGUGAGCGGGUUGGCCGUAGAGACAUUGCCGAGGAGGUUUUAGAACGUCGAGUGAGCGUCGAAAGAUCUCUUGGAGGAUCUUGUUGCUCGGCGCUGUUGCGUCUUGCGCAGCUGCACGGAGUAGCCAACGCGGCUAAGGCGAUAGAGCUUUAUAUUCAGCUUCUUACCCUACCCGAGGAUGGGAUUGAACCUGACGUCUUGCUGCAAGCCGCAUAUGGGUUUGCCAGCAUUUGUUACAGUUCCAAGGACGAAGAUCUGGAGCUUGCUCUUACCAAGGUGACGGCAGCGACGGAGAGAGAAGGGACAAAAAGCCCUGUCACCGACGCGUCUCUCGACGGGGCUGCCCUCCCAAAUCCCAACAACGUCGUCAUUGCGUCGUUUAAAAGGUCUGCCAGAGUUAUUAUGGCAAGUCACGCGGUGGACAGGACGAAAUCCAAUGACAGCAGUGAGGAUGAGUUGAAGGCUCUCAUGACACUUAGCCGGGGCGGUUUUUUUUGUCAGCGGCGUGGUGACGAUGCGGGGGCAGAGGAGCUUUACCGCCUUGCCGUGGAAUACACACUACUUGUGGACGUUAAGAAUGACGAGUACGCCCGUGAGCUUGCCAUUAUGUUAGCCAACUACGCCACUGUAAUGGCCCACAAGAGCAUUGAAAAGGCUCAAGAGCUCUACAAUCGGGCCGUGGAAACGUGUCCAACUGAGGAAAACGUUUCAGCCGCCGCAGCUUCCUUCUUUGUCUUGACAGCCAACUACGCUGGUGGUCGGAAAUGCAUUCAGCGUAUGAUUGACGCCGUCACUGAUUGUGCGGUUAUUCCGCGGCUGUAUGGCAAACUGGCCUGGCUUGGCGUGGUUUGCUGGGAUGAUCUGGCACCACCUGUGCGCCAAGAGUGCCUUCAACACUUGCUGCUCGCCUUGGGUCUAGAGUCGAGUAACUUGAGUUUGCUUUCCACAGUUUUCCAAGUGACACCAUUAAACAGUUCUGUGGGUAUUAUAUUUAAGCAAAAUUUUCUUGCUGGUAUAUCCUCAUCCCCCGACCAAGACACGGUGAGCCUUGCCUGUUACGUGGCACAGACCAAGUUGCCUCAUGAUGGAAGGUUUAUUAACACCUGCUACAAGACAGCCUUGGGUCGCUUUUCUCAGAGCACAACUAUACUUGUGAAUUACGCCAAGUUCUGUGCGGAUUAUGCUGCUGUAGCGCUUGCCCGCAAGUACUAUGCGACGGCGUUUCGUUACUCGCACAAGGACUCACGCAGUACCGAUUGUUACGCAGAAUAUCUUGCGUUUUUGCAAGAAGGGGAACAACAGCGGACCCAACGAGAGCAAUUGGUGGCCGGAGAAAGCCUUGCACGAUACCAGAUGGAGCGAAUUACCCGUGACUUGAGCAGUCAUGUUUGGGGUCAGGCCUUUGCUCUUUAUGGUAAAUACCUUGCGACAUUUAUGCCCUCGCCAAGCGUUCCUGUGGUUCUUUUUGAAGAGGCGUUAAAACAAAAUGCAGCAGAUUCCCGCGCCACAGCCCUUUACGGUUCAUUCUUAUGGAAUGUAUGUCUUCCUGCACUUGACACAAGGUGCACGGCUGACGUCAAAAAACAGCUUGCGGGGAAGGUGGAAGCCCUGUAUCAGAAGGGCUUGAGUCACCAACCCCAGAGCACCCUUUUGCUGACCUCAUUGGGUUCCUUGUAUGUAAGUAUGGGAAAUAGAUUUGACGACGCUGUACGUGUUCUAGAGCAGGCGCGAAAGCUGAGCCCGCAUAACGUGGCGGUGCAUCGCCUCUUGUGUGCCGCCUUUCAUGACGAGUGGAUGAAGGAGCAAAAGAGAGUUACUGUAAAGAAGAAUUCACGUUUGCAAACCUUGUUGGAAGCUACGCGUCAGCUGUACGAACGAUCCGUCCAAUUGGAUCCCUCGGACAGGUUGACACUGGCAAGGUAUUGCCAAUUUGCUCUGCACGGGCUUCAGAACGCGGACUUGGCGGCUGAGCUGAUGCAGCGGUUGCGGGAGCUCUCAAAAGCAUAG